AAACUUUAGUAGCGCGCACGACGCGAGUGAACACACACGUGCUCGUGUUUAAUUAAUAAAAUGAAUAUUAUUUCGUUGGCUAUAUGGACUUUAGAAAAAAACUGUUUUAUAGUUUACAGUGGACUUAUAGUUUGUUUUGUGGCGUUUACUUUGUAUCAUAAGAAUAAAUUGGAAGAGUAUUAUAGUGAGAAUUCGAAAAAAGAAAAGUUGGCGCGAACUGGGAAUGGCGGGAAAGCUCGAGAUUUCCAAGAUGAUGGGGACGAUGACCCCGAUCUUCUGGUGCCAUCGAUCCCGGAAGACACUGCUCACAUCCCCUACAGGCCUCCCAGGAGGUCUGAUGAUGAGAUCCUCACGAGGUCCCGGGAAUACUAUGAGCUGAUGGCAGAGAGAAGGACCGUGAGGUCUUUCAGCUCGGAGCCCAUCCCUCAAGAGGUGUUGGAUAAUCUUAUUAAAACUGCUGGUACUUCUCCAUCAGGGGCUCACACAGAACCCUGGACAUUCGUCGUCGUCCAAGACCAGGAGAUGAAAGCAGCCAUAAGAGAGAUAGUAGAAGAGGAAGAAGAGUUGAACUACAAUAAGAGAAUGUCCAGACAAUGGGUGACGGACUUAAAGCCAUUUGCCACGAAGCCACUGAAGCCAUAUCUGUCUGAUGCACCAGCGCUGGUGUUGGUGUUCCGACAGACGCACUCCUGGAGAGAAGAUGGGAAGAAGAGGAUGCAUUAUUAUAGUGAAAUCAGUACUGCGAUCGCUGCUGGGAUUUUGUUGGCUGCUAUUCAUUACUGUGGCCUAGUAGCCCUAACUUCAACUCCUUUAAACUGCAACGCCCGUCUCCGGGACCUGCUGUCCAGACCCCUCAAUGAGAGGCUGGAGCUUCUCCUACCAGUAGUCAGACCCCAUGAGGACACCACCGUGCCUGAUCUCCAACGGAAGACUCUAGAAGAAAUCAUGGUGAAGAUCUGAAAGGCUGAUUUGUGAUAUUCUUGUAUAUAUUUUUGAGUUACUUGAUACAUUAUGAUCGGUGCAGAUAGGGCUACAUGUCGAGAACUGCUUGUUGCUGUGUCUGCGCCGGCCCUAAGGAUGUUUUCUAUUUGAAAUAGAAUUGAGAAUUGUUA